AUGUAACAGAUAUUAUUGAAUAAUUUUUGGGGAGGAGAGGAGUGGGUAAUCUAAUCAACGAUGACUCUAUCUAUUUGAAUAAUACGAAAAGAGUCUUCGGUUAGAUUAUUAAUAAAUGUAGUCAUAUUAAUAAUUAUUAGUUUUUAUUAAUUCUUGCAGUUGGUUUAAUAUAAUUUAAAUAAUAAAACAUUAAGGAUGAACAUUUUUAAUAUUGA